GGAACGCAGCAUUGUGAGGGGCGUGGCCUGGGGGAGGCAUUGCCCUGGCACCGAGUCUCGGCCUCCCAGACUUGCUUAGAGCAGAGAGGGAAAGGUUGUGCGGAAGAGUAGGGCGGAAGAAUAGGACAGCCGGCUACCCUUGGCCCCGGUUCCCGGUGGCCGACGGGUGGCCAUGGAUCUGUACUUCCGCAAAUGCUGUAAGGCCAGUAAAGCUGCCGCCGCCAAGGCACCCACCAACAGCCUAAACUCGGAAAAGAAGCGUAGCACAAGCCCACAAAAACACCCGGUUCCAGAGAUUGGAGCGGCUGACCUGUUGGAUCUGCCUCUAGGGGUCAAGGUCCCCGUUUCCCCAGGAAGCACUAAUAUAUUCUAUACUACAAAUAUAAGUGAAAAGCUUCAUCAGCCUUCUUUGGGGUUUAGCCUCACUGACCCUUACUGCCAGCUUUUGGAAACAACCUAUAAAAGCCUUCAUGAUCCACACUUAAAAACAUACUACCAGCGGAAAGAUAUCCUGAGGAGAUUACGGAGAGGCGGGUUCAUCACCAGUGAUAAUAAAGUCGUAUGUACCUUGAGUGAAUUUAAUAAGUACAGACAAUAUCUGACCAGCUUAAAAAUAGACUUUGAAAGAGAAUACUUAAAAGAACAUAGUACUAUGAAGACCCAUGUAAACAAAUUGCGGGACAGUCAGAAAGUCUGUAACAAGUGUGAUGCUGCGAAAUUCCAAGAAUGGCUGCUACAGAAUAGAAAACAGACAACCCCAGAGCAAGAGCUGAUAAUAAAACGCCGAUAUUUAGAUAUGAUCCGUAAGAAAGUAAACAAGAUUGAAGAUACAACAGAAGACCAAAGAAUGCUUCCGAUGAAAAAAGAGAAAAGACUAUAUGAGGACUACAUAAGAAGAAAAAUUAAUCUGUGUGGACCAUUUGAAGAGGAAUGGAAAAAUAAAGAAAUAUUACUUCUGAGAAAGAUUGGAGAAGAAGCAGAAAGAGACUGGAAGGUUGAACAGUGUCGGAAAAUCAGAGAAGGAAUUGCUCAGAAGAAACAAGCAUAUCUAGAGAAAAAAAUUGCAUACCAUUUACAAAAAGUACAAAGGAAUGACCAUGAAGAAGAAUCAGAAGGAAGUGCCUUUACAAACAAAGGCCAGGAUAAAACAGGGUCAUUUCACAUUCCUAAAAUUAAUAACAAGAUUUGUGCUCAGAAAUUAUCAACUUCAUUACCCUCUAAGCAGUAUGUACAGAAUAAUGCAACCAAACAAAAGAAACAUAAAGAAACAACCAGAACAUCAGAUCCCUUUAAAAACAUAGGAAUGAAAAAUGCCUUCAUUAAUUUUGAAGCUGUUACUUCCCAAACAAGUGUCCCCAGACAAUGUCUACCGAAUAUUUCAGAGCAAGCAACCAAGAAAACUUCUUUCUUACCAGAUGUAGACAGAACCAAAAAAGUGAUUUGUGCUGGUUUAAAUGGAAAGAAGACCAAGAAAUCAAGCUACAGUCAUGAGUCAGCACAGAGAAUUGAACCAUCUCGUGAUUCAUCACAUAAACACCAGACCUACUAUCACCAUCACUGUCAAGAAAAGGCAGCAAAACCUGGCACUACUAAAGCAGAACUAUUAAAAGAUGCGCAAAACAGAAAAGAUCGUUUGGUGCCUCCUGAUACUGAUCAAAAAGAGUCAGAAAAUAAAGUACAAGUGAAGUAUAUUUCAGAUGAAGACAAAGUUGUUCUGCCAGAGGUUGUUAAGGAAGGCUUUCCAGGAGGCCCAUUUAAAGCUUCGGUCAGAAAAGAGAAAAAGCACACUGCAAGCAUGCUGACUUCCCCCAAGUCACCAGUGAGCAAGAGCACGCUGAACAAUCCAUCACUGAGCGAAUGCUUUUACCCCGAGUCCAGUACCGCAAAAAGCACUGAAACAAUCCGAAGCCAAUGGACAGAAUCUGAUGUUCAUACGUGCACUUCAAAAUCUGUAACCUGCACAGACUCUUCCUUGAAGGAGAAAAGGACACGAUCUAGUGUAGAAGAAAUGAGAUCCGCCACAGAACCACUAUCUUUCAUCUGGCAACAAAUUAUGAGUUCCUCCUCAAAAAAUGAAGAGGAUUCACUUUUAUAUUUCAGUGAUGAUCGUGUCUCAGAUCCGAGCGCCAAAAUAACAGAAGAUAGUCUUACAGACCUAGAUCCAGACUCGAGCAGUGUUAAGUUCACAACUUUAUUCCAACGUGAAAGUGUCUUUGACGCCAAACGUUGCUCAGAUGACAAGAUUUCAGAAGAGAAAAAGGAGGGAAGUGAUCUGCCUGAGGUUGCACAGCCAGAGAAUGACAGAGCAGAGCCUCAAAUUACACAAGGUGAGUGGCUUUUAUCCCAUACAUCUUCUUCCUGCCAGUCCAGGGCCAUAUCCAGUCACCAGGGAUGGGCAGUGACCAAGAAGAGCCUGCGAAGUUUGGUGGCAAGGAGAAAAGAUCUGAGCUAGGUUUCCAACUGCACGACCAACCAAGCAGUAAAGUCACAUUCUUCUGUAUCUUUAGUUUGGCAGGGACACACCUCGUCCCUGUCCCUGCACUCUGCACAAUACAACAACUCACUAGGUAGCAGUUACAAAAUUGAAUGACAUAUCUCUUCUCUCUGACUAGGACUGUUGGAGGAAUAUACAAAUGACCAACUUUGUGCUAAGAUGCCCAAGAUAGCUAAGUAAAUAAAAAACCCCACAGAGAAUAAUUUAUUUAGAAUUACAGUGAUGCCUGUUUAUGAAAACCCACCAAAAAAAGAAGACUUCUGGACCAGCUCAUGCCCAUUACAGCUUAUAGUGUACGUUUUACAAAUACAAACUUAUGGGGAAUCGAAAUCAGUUCAGAGUGGGAAGUGAGAUUCCCUAACCCUUAGUGUGCGUUAAGGCCCAUUCGCUUCAGCCAUCCACAUCCCGGGUAUGUCUCUUCACAGUGACAAGUGUCACCCAGAUGAACUCCACUAUUCUGCUUAUGAGCUGGUAAAAGCAGCCACCAGGAUAUCUGUCGAAGAGAAUCAGUCUCACCAAGCAGGCUUCAUUUUAACAUGAUACCUAACUCACCUACUUUCCACACACUGUGAACACCACACCUACCACUUGAUUUCUGUUUUCAGCAAUUUGGCUUUGAACAGAAUAUGCAUCAGUAGCCAAAGGGUUUACUGUGCUUCUCAGGAUAAACUUCACGUGUGCUGAGAUCCUAGGAUAACAAGCACCUGCCAAUGUGAAGCAAUAUGUUGAAUCUCAUAGUGACUGUGAGCUGGGGGCAGUGUCUCAAAUGUUUUCCAGGAUGUUUAUUAACAGUGCAGAGUCCUGGCCCAUGUCAAGACCUGUCUGCUUAGCAUCUCUUGGAAAUGGGGUUCAUGUAUCUGCAUUUUUAACAAGAUACCCAAAUUUCAAAAGCAAAGCUUCAACUUGGGCAUGAUGGU